AUGCCAGUCGCAGUCUCACCCGCCGCUGCGCAGUCUUCCAACAUCUGGAUCGCAGCUGGAGAGGGGGAUGAUGAGAGGGUCAGAUACCUGAUCGAAGUAGAGGGUGAGCUGGGCUCGAUGACUGCGGGUGAUCCUCAUGCUGCCAUGUAGCGUGAAGGAGGUGCUCAAUCCCCCCUCUCGACUCCCUCUGUCGCGCCUCUCUGCCAGAUAUUGCUCCUACCGCACCCGACAGCAACACCUACACUCCGCUGCACGCAGCCGCAUCCUACUCGCACAGCAGCACGCUUCAACUUCUCCUCGCGCACGCCAAAACUCCAUCAAACGCCGUCAACAUUCAAGAUUCGGAUGGAGAUACACCGUUGUUCGUGGUUGAAGAAGUUGCCAUAGCAGAACUACUCAUCAAGCAUGGAGGCGAUGCUUUCCACAAGAACAAGGCGGGAGAUACAGCGGCUGAAGUAGCAGAGGAGAAUGGGUUUGAAGAGGUGGCAGAGUAUUUGAGGGGUAUAACGGGAGAGAAGAGACUUUAUGAGAGACCUGGAGAUGGGCCAGAGGAAGAGGAAGAGAGUGAAUUGACUUCGAGGUUGGAGGAUGAGGAGGGAGCCAGCUUGACUCCGGCUGCUAGAGACCUUAUCGACCAAAGGACGGAAGCGCUGAUGAGUCAGGUAGAGUCCCUCUUGUCUCGCGCUUCUUUGCGAUCCGAAAAUGCCGACAGGGGAGAAUCUGGAGAAGAGUUGAAAUUGACAAACGAAGAGGAGGAAGAGCUUAGGAGGUUGGUGGGCGAAUCGGUCUUGGAGCAGAUCAGAGAAGGUUGGGCGGGGAAGGAAGGCCUGGGCCAGCAAGGAGAGGUGCAAGAUGAAAUUGACAGCAGUCAAGUCAAUGAGGAGACAAGGCCAGCUGGAAACGAGCCUGAGCCAAGAUGA